CAUCGCGCGCAGGUCUCCUGAACGUACGUGCAGCUUCGUGCACACUGACGCACGCGACUCGCUCUUCGCCGCGGGUGGAGCCGAGGCAAACCCUCGAGCUUCACACUGAUCCCCGCCAUCCAGCGAAUCAUAUCGCCGACCAUAUCAGCUCCAUGUAGCCGCGAGCUUUGCGCAUCGAAUGCAGUCUUUCAUGCGAAGUCCGAAUACCUACACUGACACUGUGGCGUUAUUCAGCAACCAUGAGUGCGGAUGAAGGCAAGAAGAAGGCCAGGGCGGCAGUCCAGGCCAUGUUCGACAGGUACAUGGUACUGGCCUCAAAGCGGCCCAAGGAUCACAUCGACUUCGAUAGUGAGGUCAUGAAGAACAUGAAGUUAAUAGAUGCUGGACCCGAGGGCUCAGUGGAGUACCAGCUUUAUAUUGCACCUGGCUUCUCCAACCUAAACAAUGUCAUGCACGGUGGUGCCGCUGGCGUCAUCUUCGAUAUGUCCACCACCACAGCGUUGUGCCCUGUCGCCCGCCCUGGUUUUUGGGAGUUCAUGGGUGGCGUGACACGCACUCUCAACAUCUCGUACCUUAAAGCGGUGCCAAUCGGUACCACUGUGAGGCUGGUCAGCAGGGUAAAGAGCGUAGGCAAGCAAAUGGCUAUGAUCAGGGGUGAGAUGACCAGUCUCGACGGGAAGGUCACCUAUUGCACAGUGGAGCAUCAUAAGGUCAAUGUCCCCGUGCUGCCAGAACAUGCAAACGCAAGGAUACCUUGGGAUGAUGAAUUUGAGAAAGAAUGGGGGGUUGUGAAGGGGCAGACCGAGAUUGGAGUAAAGAGCAAGAUCUAGCGCAAAAAUGUACGGACUUGAAGGA